AUGUUGCGGCUGGUGCUGGUGCUGAUGCUUUUACCUCCCUUGGCUUGCACAGCAGAUACUGCUAAGUGUUCUUUAAAGGAUCCCCUCCCCGUUCCACAUGAAAUCUACCGGCCAGGGGACCUUCUCAUUGGUGGGAUGGCUUCUCAGAUUGUUUAUCACAUUCGUGCACUAACCUUCCAAGAACAUCCUUCUCAGGAGCUUUCUCAAGUUCCAAAUAUGCUGCCAAAGCUCUACCAACAUGUUCUGGCCUUGGUGUUUGCCAUAAACGAGAUCAAUGAGAAUCCCAAGAUUUUACCCAAUGUCACUCUUGGGCUCCACAUCUAUGACAGCUACCAUGAUGUCCGAAUGACCUGUCGUACCACUCUGGAUCUACUGUUUAAAUUGCACAGAUAUCUUCCAAACUAUGAAUGUGAUGCCCAUAAAAAUCUAGUGGCCAUCAUUGGAGGACUUAGCUUUGACAUCUCCUUUCACAUGGGCCACAUCUUAGGUCUCUACAAGAUUCCACAGAUUGCUUAUGGAUCAUUUGCCCCAGAGGAGAGGGGUUCAACAGAAUUCCUUCCUUUUUACUGUAUGGUCGCAAAUGAAGCCCAUCAGUAUAUGGGGAUCAUCCAAUUACUGCAGCAUUUCAGAUGGACAUGGGUAGCACUCUUUGCUACGGAUGAUGGCAGUGGGGAGCAUUUUUUGCAGCAUCUGGAGCCAUUGCUUUCUGAAAAUGGAAUCUGUUUGGCAUUCACAGAAAGAAUCCCAAACCAAGCCUAUUGGACUGAUUUGGGUGAUAUUAACAAUUUCAUCUUAAAUAUAUACCUACCUUUUUCAGAUGGCAAAGCCAAUGUGUAUAUCAUCUAUGGAGAAUCCAGGACCAUUUUAGCCCUGAUGACAUUUAUGUUUGUUGGGAAUCCUGGAUAUGAGGAACAGCCUUCAUUUCGAAAGGUGUGGAUUAUGACAGCCCAGAUUGAUUUUGCAGUAACAGGAAUUCAAAAGAGCUGGGAUUUCCAAUUCUUCCAUGGUGCCAUUUCCUUUAUGAUACACUCACAGGGGAUUUUACACUUCCAAGAUUUUCUUAAAGAUAUAAAACCUCACAGGGUUCACGGAGACAGUUUUCUCAAGGUCUUCUGGGAACAAGCCUUUGAUUGUUUAUAUUCACAUCCCCAGGGUGGGAUGGAAGACAAUGGAAUAUGUACUGGGGAUGAAAAGCUGGACAGCCUUCCUGGGUCUCUUUUUGAAAAAACCAUGAGUGGCCACAGCUACAGCAUCUACAAUGCAGUUUAUGCCAUUGCGCAUGCUAUCCAUGCAAUGGGCUCUCUCAGAUCAAAACACAGAAAAAUUAUGAAUAGGAAAAAAAUAGAACUUCAAGAUUUCCAGCCUUGGAAGCUCCACACUUUUCUUCAUGGCAUUUUGUUUAAUAACUCAGCUGGAGAAACAAUGUCUUUGGAUCAAAAGAGAGGAAUGGGAGCAGGCUUUGACAUUACAAACCUGGUAACAUUCCCAAACAAGUCUUUCAUUAGGGUGAAAAUUGGAAGGGUAAAUCCAAAUGUUAUUGGACAAAAAGGGUUCAGCAUUCAAGAGGAUAUGAUUGUGUGGCAAAGAACUUUUAACAAGGGGCUGCCUCUUUCAGUGUGCAAUGAUUAUUGCCAGCCUGGUUAUCAGAAGAAAAAGAAGGAAACAGAGAAAUUCUGCUGCUACAAUUGCGUUUCUUGCCCAGAAGGGAAGAUUUCAGAACAGAAAGUGUGCAAUGAUUAUUGCCAGCCUGGUUAUCAGAAGAAAAAGAAGGAAACGGAGAAAUUCUGCUGCUACAAUUGUGUUUCUUGCCCAGAACGGAAGAUUUCAGAGCAGAAGGAUUCAGUUGACUGUAUGAAUUGCCCAAAAGACCACUAUCCAAGCAAGGACCAAGAUCAAUGUAUUCUCAAGGUGAUAAGCUAUUUGUCCUAUGAAGAGCCUUUAGGAGUUAGUUUAGGUUCUAUUGCAGUUUCUUAUUCCCUGAUCACAGUCUUGGUUUUGGGAAUUUUUAUUAAGCACCGAGAUACCCCCAUAGUGAAAGCAAACAACUGGGACAUCACUUAUGCCCUUCUUGUUUCUCUUUUGCUCUGCUUCAUCUGUUCUCUAUUAUUUCUUGGAUACCCUAUGAAGACGACCUGCUUUCUUCGACAAUCUGCUUUUGGAAUCAUCUUUGUAGUAGCUGUUUCCUGUGUCUUGGCCAAAACUGUCACUGUGGUUGUAGCUUUCAUGGGCACCAAACCAGGAUCCAGGAUGAGAAAGUGGGUGGGGAAAAGGCUGACCAAUUCCAUUGUCCUUUCCUGUUCCCUUCUUCAAGGAGUCAUUUGUAUGGCAUGGCUAGGAACAUCUCCCCCUUUCCCACAGUUGGACAUGCAGUCACUGAAUGAAGAGAUAGUGGCAGAAUGUAAUGAAGGAUCUGUCACCAUGUUUUAUAUUGCUUUGGGCUAUAUGGGAUUCCUGUCUAUCAUCACUUUAACUGUAGCUUUCCUAGCUAGGAAGUUACCUGACAGUUUCAAUGAAGCCAAGUUUAUCACCUUCAGCAUGCUGAUAUUUUGUAGUGUUUGGUUGUCUUUUGUUCCAACCUACCUGAGCACCAAAGGGAAGUACAUGGUAGCUGUGGAGAUCUUCUCUAUCUUGGCUUCAAGUGCAGCAUUACUGGGUUGUAUUUUUUUCCCAAAAUGUUACAUUAUUGUGCUGAGGCCGGAGCUGAACAGAAAGGAGCAGCUAAUAAAGAGAAAGAAUUAA